AAUAAUAUCUUUCGGGUCCAAUCUUUUAAAUAAACACACUCUAUCCGCUAUUAAUUAUUAAACCAAAGUAGUUAUUUUUCAGAUCAUUAUAUUAUAAUGGUCUUCGGACCUAUUUCAUAGAAAUUUAACAAACACAGGAAACAGGUGUUUUUAUAACCUCCAAAAAUUGAAAAUAGACUUCUUUUAAAUUGGAGAGAUCAGUUUUGUUGGUUUUGUUUCAUAGUGAAUAAUAUUUGUGUCAAAGUGUGAAAUAAACUGGUCUGUUCGGAAAAUCAGAGAGCUGCGAUUUGCCAUUGAAGAAAGAGAGUGUAAUUGUCAGGUUGUGAGUGAGAAGGAAAGAAAAGUCGAAAAGAGGGAGAAACAUAAUCGAAUGGAACCCCAAGCUCCCCAAGCUCAAGGGAGAACCGUAAACACGGAAAAUCGAAUUGGCUGAGCUUUCUCAUCCUUUGUCUGCGGAAAUCGAAAAAUGUUAAAAUACGGUUAGGUAAGACUUUGUUAAUUCUUCCUGAAAAACAAUUUUAUUCGGGAGUGCUCGUGUAAAUCCGGAGACCUGGUUAAUCGUAAUUUUGGCGCCUCGCGCUAACGCGGAGUGCGGACAUCACUGACAGGCCGUUUGGGUUAUGUUAAAACCGCGAAGCUCAGUGAAGCUCCCAACCCUUCCAACGUAUUUUCUGGGUUUUCAGUGAUUUUAAAAUAUCCCUGAUUUUCUUUGGUGACCCAGAAUUUUUGUCAAUUUUCCCCGACUUUUGAACUGGUUUUCGCGAGCUUGGUGACGUUCUUAGCGUCAAGCUUAUAGCCACGAAGUAUUCAGAAGUAUUGUUGCCUACGCGAGUUUUAUCAGUAUUGUCAAAAUCAGCUGCCAUUUCUAUAUACACAUGCAACUGCUGUUCCCGUCUGUUUCAGCCUUCGCUUCUAUACGUGUCGACUUAUUUCCUUCUUUUCUCCCGAAUAAUAAGUCAAACUGGUAGUGGAAUUAAUUACUUUCGGCGAAUUUGGUCCAUUUUCUAACAGUCCGAUGGUCGGUUUCUUUUAUUUUUGAUUCUUGUAGCAUCUUUGUUUUCAUUUUCAGUGGCGAUGUGUUAGCCUGUCGCGACGACAAUCAAGGUCUUUUAAUUCCUUCAUUGUUUUCUUCCCUGCAAUACGAGAAUGCAAACUGUUGAUUUUCGGUCAUAAAUAUUAUACCGAUAUUAUGGCAAGUGACUGUAAUUCAAAUUUGUUUUUUUUUUUAAUUCAGUCAUUGUUGUAAAGUGAAAAUAAAUUAUUUUAAGAUUUUUAGUUAGAGUUUUUAAAAUUUGAAAAGUGAUUUAGCUUCUUUGGGAUAUCGAGAGUGAAAUAGAGACAAUUCUGUUGAAACUGGUUACUAUGCGGUACAUUUUCAACAAUUGUGAUUAAGACAACAACACAGGAAACACUCGGAGGUGGACUUUCAAUUUUCUGAUUGUGAAUAAUCGAAGAAUUAGAAGUGUGGAAGGUGUGCGAAAACGAGGAGGAAAAGUGUGGAGGGCGAUUGUAAAAAUUAAUAUCGGUGGCAGUAAAUGCGGAAACUGGGGGAAAAAUGGACCCGUCAAUGUUCGCUACCUAUAACUCUCAAACGAAUGGAGUUCCACUGGAGUCCAAACUUGCUACCUACAUGAAUCGCCAGAGUCCUGGAGUGACCUUGACGACUUCGGCGAUGACCAAGCAGCUAUCCAAUCUUUCCCUUGAUGCACAGAAGAAGUCACCCGCUGCGACGGAAUUUGUCCCCGGAAGAAGCCUUGCCAGCAGCAACAGCAGCUCGCCGAAUCUCUUCAAUAAUUCUUACCACUCCCAGGAAAACGUUGGAGGCACUACGUAUUUUUAUCUGGGGAAUAUAUCCGAUCCACUAGCUGCUGAAGAUGGUUCCGAAAUUAUUGGAACGGUUGGAGCUGGCCAAGCUGGCUACGUUUACCCAGGAACUCCAUCUCACCUUCAGCCCGUUAAACCGACGAAAACCCCGUCGUCUAACUCCUCAUCUACCCCCUCAACUCCACCUCCUCAAUCCAAUCCCAGUUACUUUGUUAGUGAGAGCCUUCGAGUGGAUAUACUUCACAAGAAUGCGUUGACCUUGGAGCAGCCAGAUGUAGUUCGGUAUCCGGAUUUGCCGAACGAGGUCGACAGCUACCACGAAUUGUGUCCCUUGGAAACAAUUCACAAACCUGCAUCCACAGUUCUUGGCUACCAAACUUCCACCUACAAAGCUACCAGCAUCAAGACUGGAACUCGAUACUGUUUACGUCGAGUACAUGAUUUCAGAUUGGGCAAUACAAAAUGUAUGGUACUUGUGGAUAUGUGGAAAAGACUGGCACAUACAAAUUUGGUACAGUUACGAGAGGUGUUCACCACAAAGGCAUUUGGCGAUCAUUCCAUGGUGUUUGUUUAUGACUACCAUCCGGGUGCGGAAACUUUACUGACGAAACACUUCUCUUCGACUGAGUUGAAUGGAUACACGGACCCAUUUUCUUCUGACCCUAACAGUCCUAGAUCCUUCAGUCACUCAAAAAACGUGAGACAGCAGCAUAACAAUAUGCUUCCUGAAAGUGUUAUCUGGAGUUACAUCAUUCAACUUACGGCAGCACUUCGCGUUAUUCACGCAGCAGGUCUUGCAUAUAGAUGCCUGGAUCCCACCAAAGUUUUACUUACCUCCCGAACUCGUCUCCGACUGAGUUGUGUGGCAGUCCCAGAUGUGGUGACAUUGGACGGAAACGCAACGAAUCCCUUGAGUGUCAUCCCACAUUUUCAACAAGAAGACCUAAUAUCCCUAGGGAAGUUGGUGCUGGCCCUGGCAUGUCGUAGUCUUCUUGCCGUCCAUCGAGAUAAUAUGCAAGCGUCUCUGGAGCUCGUUUCACGUUCCUACUCCACCGAUCUUCGAAACCUCAUUAUGUACUUGCUCGCGAAUCAAACUCGAAAGACUGUCACGGAUUUGAUGCCUAUGAUUGGAGCGAGAUUUUAUACGCAACUGGAUGCAGCUCAGCUUCGUUCUGAUGUGGUUGAGAAUGAACUUUCCAAGGAACUAGAAAACGGAAGACUGUUUAAAUUGCUCGUGAAACUGGCGACGAUUAACGAGAGACCUGAAUUUAACAUGGAACCAACGUGGGCUGAAACUGGAGAUCGAUACAUGCUCAAAUUGUUCAGGGACUAUGUUUUUCACCAAGUCACUGGUGACGGAAGACCUUGGCUGGAUAUGGCUCAUGUCGUUUCUUGCUUGAAUAAACUUGACUCAGGAUCUCAUGAUAAGAUCUGCUUGAUGUCACGGGACGAACAAAGUGUCCUCGUUGUUAGUUACGCGGAACUGCGACAAUGCUUAGAUACUUCGUUUGAAGAACUGGUACAAUCCGCGAAAGAAGCUGCUGAGGUUCGUCUUACUUAAAGUUAUAGACCUAACAGCACUUACCAUGAAUGUGAUAUCGACAUUUAGGGUACUGUCAUUUUAAAGUUAAUUCACUCUCGAUCUAAUCGAUGCUGAACUCGUCAAGUUCUUUAUUUCGAAAUCAAUGGACUAAAAUAAUUAUCUCGAAGUAACAUAAGAAGAGGUACCUCUUGAUUUUCAUUAUUACUCAAGUUUUUUGACAAGGAAACAGAAAUAUCACUAUUGGAAUUCAUUUCUAACAAUGUUAUUUGAAUAUGAUCAAAAUUCAUUGGUUAUUCUAUGUUUUUUCUUCAAUAUUCUAUUGAAGUUUGAAACUGCUACCCAAUAGUUUGAGGAUAGUGGCCGAUAUAAUUUAUCUUAAUAUUUUUGAAAUAUUCAAUACAAAAUAGUGAGAUUUGUGAAUUGAGUUUCAGAAUUUUUUUGACAGAAUUUUAGAGCCAAACUUUAGCUUUGUGGAAUGUGCCAACAAUUUUUGAUCAUUCCUAAUGCAGUGCAUUCUCCGUAUGUUACUUAGUGAUUUAAGCUCCGAGUUUUAAACAUAACUUGAGCUCGUUAAUCAGCGCGAAUGCAUCGAGUAGAUCCCAGUGAAGAAAUCUCAUUUCUAAUGUAUAUAAUCGUGUGAAAAUCAUGUCACAGUGAAUAAUGAAAUCGAAUAGCAAGUGUCUUUGCUAUCGCAGUCCAUUAAGGUACCAUACAGACUUGUACACAACUUAAGAGAAUGCCCUCGAGAGAAAAUCCUAAGAAUAUACCUACUAAAUGAACACUUUCGACGCGUAGGUAUAGAGAUCUUAGAUUUUAGGAUACAGCUCAUAAGCAUUAAUUUUGAAAUAAAUGUUUAUUUUUGAAAGCAAUCGUAAA